UGCAGAUAUCUGUCAGUAGGUGGCGCCCUUCCCUCAGCCGUACCUUUGAGUAUAGGCUAUAUAUAUCCUAUGAUAACCGUGCAGGGGCUCAGCUUUUCCAGCGACUUCUAACCAGAGAAGGGGGCAGGGGAGAGAGAAAAGAAAGGAAAAACACUGCCCUGGUCUUACAGGGUCCCUUUUGUCGCCAUAUUCUCCAUGUAGAUCUCCAACAGACGGGAUCCUAUCUUAGGGUAGCGAGAAACGUCAAUUGCUGGUAUAUAGAUAUAUAUAUAGCAGGCUAUAUAGAAGGGAUCAUCUUCCAAGGCCAGCUGUCCAAGAUGACGAACAUAUCCUAUCACAUCUCCAACCUUUUGGAGAAGAUGACAUCUACUGACAAAGAUUUUAGGUUUAUGGCUACCAAUGACCUAAUGAUGGAACUGCAGAAAGAUUCCAUAAAGCUAGAUGAAGAUAGUGAGAAAAAAGUUGUGAAAAUGCUUCUAAAAUUACUUGAGGACAAAAAUGGGGAGGUGCAAAAUCUGGCUGUCAAAUGUUUGGGCCCUUUGGUGAGUAAAGUGAAAGAGUAUCAGGUGGAAACUAUUGUUGAUACACUGUGUACGAACAUGCUAUCAGAUAAGGAACAGCUCCGGGACAUCUCCAGUAUUGGGCUGAAGACAGUUAUUUCUGAGCUGCCUUCUCCAUCUACAGGUUCCACCAUGACAGCCAAUGUAUGCAAAAAAAUCACAGCCCAACUGACUGGAGCCAUUGGAAAGCAAGAAGAUGUGUCUGUGCAGCUUGAGGCUCUUGACAUCUUGUCAGAUAUUUUGAGCAGGUUAGGGGGGACUCUGUACUCCUUCCAUUCCUCAAUCCUGAACUGCCUCCUUCCUCAGCUCACAAGUCCCAGGUUGGCCGUGCGGAAAAGGGCCAUCAUUGCCCUAGGUCACCUGGUCUUGACUUGCAAUGGGAACAUCUUUGGAGAGCUUAUGGAGCACCUGUUAGCAGAGCUGAAGAGAAACAACUCCACUUCUACCACAAGAACAUAUAUCCAAUGUAUUGCUGGAAUCAGCAGGCAGGCUGGGCACCGGAUAGGAGACUAUCUGGAGAAGAUGAUCCCAUUAAUAGUUCAGUACUGCAAUGUAGAGGAUGAUGAGCUGAGAGAAUAUUGCUUCCAGGCCUUUGAGUCUUUUGUGAGAAGGUGUCCAAAAGAAAUUGGCCCUCACCUUCCUAGUGUGACGGGAUUGUGCCUGAAGUAUAUAACUUAUGACCCAAACUACAACUAUGACAAUGAGGAGGAGGAUGAAGAAGAAAUGAUGGAAACUGAAAAUGGGGAAGAUGAGGAACAAGAAAGUGAUGAUGAGUAUAGUGAUGAUGACGACAUUAGCUGGAAAGUUCGCAGGGCUGCGGCCAAGUGCCUCGAGGCUAUUGUCAGUACUAGGCAUGACCUUCUGCAGGAUUUCUACAAAACCCUGUCGCCAGCUUUAAUAAGCAGGUUCAAGGAAAGAGAGGAGAAUGUUAAAGCAGACAUCUUCUGUGCUUAUAUAUCUUUGUUGAAGCAAACACUGCCCAUUCAGAGCUGGCUGCAUGCUUCAGAUGAGGCAAGCAAGGAAGAUAUACCUCUCACCAUGCUUCAGAAUCAGGUUCCAAAUAUUAUCAAGGCCUUGCACAAGCAGCUCAAAGAGAAGAGUGUCAAGUCAAGACAGGGAUGCUUCACUCUCCUGACAGAACUGGCUAAUGUUCUUCCUGGUUGCCUUUCAGAUCACAUACCUGCAUUAGUACCCGGUAUUGUAUUCUCCUUGACUGACAAAUCCAGCUCCUCCAACAUGAAGAUAGAUACACUGUCUUUCCUUCAUGUUGUGCUUUGCAACCAUUCCCGGGAAGUGUUCCACCUGCAUGUUAAGGCGCUGUUACGACCGGUUGUGAUUUGCAUAGGGGAUCCAUUUUACAAAAUAAUGUCUGAAGCUCUGCUAGUUACGCAGCAGCUGGUGAAAAUCAUCCGGCCGCUGGAUGUGCCUUGUACAUUUGAUGCCAAACCCCAUGUGAGAGAUCUCUUCUCAGCUACUCUGAAGAGGCUGAAAGCUGCUGACAUUGAUCAGGAGGUGAAAGAACGGGCUAUCUCUUGCAUGGGACAGAUUGUUUGCAAUCUUGGAGACUACCUAAGCAGCGAUCUCCAGCCAACCUUGAAGAUUUUUCUAGAGAGGCUGAAAAAUGAAAUAACUAGACUGACCACAGUCAAAGCACUAACUUUAAUUGCUAGCUCUCAGCUCAAAAUAGACUUAAGGCCUAUUCUUGCAGAAGGAUUUCCCAUUUUAGCUUCCUUCUUGCGAAAGAAUCAGCGUGCCUUAAAACUGAGUACUUUGACAGCCCUCGACAUCUUGAUCAAGAACUACAGUGAUAGCCUCAAGCCAGCCAUGAUUGAAUGUGUUCUAAUGGAGCUUCCUGAUUUAAUUAGUGAGAACGAUAUGCAUGUUUCUCAGGUGGCUAUCAUAUUCCUUACUACCUUAGCUAAGGUUUAUCCUUCUUCCUUGUCCAAGAUCAGUGGUACAGUUCUGUCUGAACUCUUUCAGCUUGUUUACUCACCUUUGAUGCAAGGGGGCGCCCUGAAUGCCAUCGUGGACUUCUUUCAAGCAUUGGUUGUAACCAAGACAGUCAACAUGAGUUAUGCUGAACUGAUGAAGCAACUAACUGGUCCUAUAUACACCUCAAGCCCUGGGGGGGUAUCCGUAAGUUUACACAAGCAAGCCUAUCACUCUGUGGCAAGAUGUGUCGCAGCUCUUUCUUCCGUAUGUCCAAGAGAAUCCCCGGGGGUAGUAAACCAGUUUAUUCAGGAUGUGAAGAAUCCCAGGUCCGCUGCUGCUGUUAAAAUGUUGGCCUUCCUUUCGCUGGCAGAAAUAGGACGCACCACAAACCUCAGUGCUCAGAAGGAGCUCAAAGCUGUGAUAUUGGAUGCAUUUGCUUCACCCAAUGAAGAGGUGAAAUCGGCAGCUUCUUACGCUCUGGGCAACAUCAGUGUUGGCAGCCUUAAAGAGUACCUUCCCUUCAUGCUGAAAGAGAUUGGAGGCCAGCCUAAGCGGCAAUACUUGCUGCUCCACUCCUUGAAGGAAGUCAUCAGCUCAUCCCCAGCAGAAAGCCUGAAACCCUACGUUGAGGAUAUCUGGGCCCUGCUUUUCAAACACUGUGAAUGCACAGAGGAAGGGACGCGCAAUGUAGUUGCUGAAUGCCUGGGGAAACUGACGGUAGUAAAUCCUUAUCAGCUGCUGCCCAGGUUGAAAAAACAACUGUCUUCAGGUUCUUCAUAUGCUCGAAGCACAGUAGUAACUGCAAUCAAAUUCACCAUUUCAGAUCAUCCACAACCCAUUGAUCCCCUUCUUAAAGGAUGCAUAGGUGACUUCUUAAAAACAGUUCAGGAUCCUGACUUGAAUGUUCGACGUGUUGCUUUAGCUAUGUUUAAUUCUGCUGCUCACAACAAACCUUCUCUGAUCAGAGAUCAGCUCAGCACAGUUCUGCCCCAUCUAUACAAUGAAACCAAGAUUAGAAGGGAACUGAUACGGGAGGUAGAAAUGGGGCCCUUCAAGCACACAGUAGAUGACGGCCUUGAUGUAAGGAAAGCUGCUUUUGAGUGCAUGUACACGCUUUUGGAAAGCUGCCUUGACCGACUAGACAUUUAUGAGUACUUGAAUCAUGUGGAGGAUGGCUUGAAAGAUCAUUAUGACAUCAGGAUGCUGACUUUCAUUAUGCUGGCUCGUCUAUCAACACUCUGUCCUAAUGCAGUCCUACAAAGACUAGAACGGCUAGUUGAACCCCUGCGAGCAACUUGCUCUACUAAGGUAAAAGCUGGUUCUGUGAAACAGGAAUUUGAGAAGCAAGAUGAACUGAAACGCUCAGCAAUGAGGGCAGUAGCCGCCCUACUGACCAUUCCUGACGUAGAUAAAAGCCCUGUGAUGGCUGAAUUUUCUUCCCAGAUCAGAGCUAAUCCUGAAAUGUCUUCACUUUUUGAAAGCAUUCAGAAGGAUUCUACUUCACUGGCUACUACAGAAUUAAUGGAUUUGAGUUAGAACUCCAACACUAUUCUUAUUCCUGGCACUUCACUAUGCUGAGGGUGAACAAUCAUAUUCAAGUUGAUUUUAGAUGCAGAUGUCAUUUUAAAAAUGGCAACUUCGUAUUGAGACAGACAGAUCUAAGAGUGAUGGCAACAGAGUAAUGCCACUUUAAUUUCUUAAAUAUACAAUCACGAAUUUUUGCCAAAAGUUAUAACUGACAAUGAUAUCUGCUAUCUCCUAUCACUGAAGAGGUGGCACUGUCAUAGAAUUUUUUAAAGCAGUGAUUAUAGAUGAAAUUGUUAUACCCAAGAACUAGGCAGUAGCUAAGAAGAUUCUACAAUUGCCUCAGUUAAAUAGUGGCUUUCAUGUGUGCUGAUUUUACACUGACUUGAGUGACUUUUCAUAGUAGCAAGUGAGUUAAAGCUCCAACCUAUGGAAGUGACCAAUUGUCUUCCAUGAUGGAAUGCCUUAUGCUUAAUUAAUUCAUCUGCUACUACAUGCCUCUUAAACACAGCAGUUGCUUCCUGUAGACAGCAGCUGGGUACAGUUUACUGUUUCUCCCCACCAGAUGAGCUGAUACCAAAGCACUGAUUUAAAGUUAAAAAAAAGAGUUAGCAUGUUACUCCCAAGAGCCAUUCAUUUGGUAUGAAGUAUGUAAUAAUGAAAUGGCACCAUCUGGUUAUAAAAUGCAAAUGCCAGUGCACUGCUGUUUAAUGUUACUGUUCAGCAGAAAAAAUGUUGAUUUCUUGCAACCAUGGAUUACUAAACUUCAUUUCAUUGAAUCAGUCUGUGAAUCACUUAAGUGCUCUAUUUAUAAAACAGGGUGUCUCUUUUGUUCUUCAUGAUAUAAAUUGGAAGAAAAUGAAGUUCAUGAAUACAUCAGCGCUAGUAUUGAUUGAGCUGCAGCCAACUUUUCUACCUCUCAAGUUAGCUUGUGUAGGGAUAGAGAGAACUCUGUUUCUGGUUGCUUCAAUAGUUCAGGAAGAUCCCUGCUCAUUGCUGUACUGGUAUGGAAGUUCUAAGAUAUUUAUUAUUCCUGGCCACCCAGCAAUCACGAUCUAAACCUGCUUAAGAAUUGUCUCACCAAAAGCUGCCUCUGUGCUCUCUGCUUGUAUAGAACAAAAAGUAAGGUUGAAAUCAUUUAUGUUCCCAAUUUUAAGAGUCUUCUGCUUUCUUCAAGUGAGGAUACAGGAAAGUAAACAACACUGAUAUACAAGGAAAAGACAGACCCAGGUUCUGAGCUGUAGCAUAAAAUAAAUGGCAUAUUUAGAAUGCCUUCAUCAGUAGUAAGUCCAAACUCAUGCUUGACACUUGACUCUUCCAUGAAAUAGUAACUUAUCAGGUGAUUUCCAUUAAGAGAAGGCAAGCUUAAACAUUAAUGCUUGGCAAUUACCCUUUUUGACAACUGAUCAUCUUCUGAAAUUAAGAGGAUUACAGAGACACUAGCCAGUUCUGCUCAUAUCAAACACAAUUUUCCAACCAUUUUUUUGAUAUUUUUAUUAAAUACAGUUGUACAACAGCAACUAUUUAUUCAUUUUCCUCACUGCGCAGUCUGGCAUUUGGAUUGGUGACUUUAAUAGCAAGCUGAGCUGCUCGCUCCACAAUUAUCUUCCGAUUCUUGGAUGAAACGUUGUGAGCAAUCUCUGCACAAUAGGACCUAGUAAAAUAUAUUGACAUUGUGUCAUAAACAUGUUAGAUCUGCUUCCAGGGAAGACUCUCUCACAGCUAGUCACCACUGGUGGAAGUUUGUAGUAGGUGGCCUGUAUCACCAUACCCUAAUUUCUGUUAGCACAAC